AAAAGUACAUAAAUGGUAAAAUCAUUGAGUGUAAAGUGAUCGUCUCCCUUCGUCGCGUCCUUGCACACGAUCAGUAUUUACUAUUUAUCUAGUAUCGAAGGCGUGUUAAGGGUCCUUAAGGUAUGUACUUAUUAUCGUUAUUAUCGUAAGGGUUAUGCCUUUCAGUCUGAACAUGUGCCCACCAGCUUCCAUUACGCCCAUUUCGCUUCUUGGAUUGAAAGUUGAGCAGUUGCCGCUUAACCGGCGGCACCUGUCUCAUAAUGGUAGAUGAAUCGCUGUCCAGCGCAGUUAUUCCCCAUCCAUCCGUUAGCCGUCCCAUCCCCUCAGCUGCACCGUCUCCUCGCUUGCUACACUCCCUUGGAGAUGAACACAGAUCUGUCCUUAGUUUAAUGGCAAACGCAGACCAUAUCUUUACCGGUGGACAAGGUCAAGAUAUCGCGGUCUGGGACAAACACACAUUUACACUCAAGACUUCCCUUCGUGGUCAUACUGGAAGCAUCCUGGCCCUUGAGCUUGCGGAGGAGAAAGGCUGGCUUUUUAGCGCUUCAGGUGAUAGCACUAUCAGAGUUUGGUCUACAGUGACAUUUCAACCAAUCUACAUCCUGAAUCCAUAUCUUGAAACGGGAGCAGGUGAUCUGUUUUCCCUCGCCUGGAACCCAGCGAUACAGGUCGUCUACAUUGGUUGUCAGAAUACUUCACUUCAAUGGCAAGGGUUCUCCAAGUUGCAGCUUGACCGGCGCACAGAGGAGCAAUCCGGCUCAGGCACAUCAACUCCAACUCGUAAAGUUCACAAAUUCUUCGAUAGUUAUCCGCAAUACACACAUCGCCCUGCGGAUCUUCAAGCCAACAACUUCAGCUUGUCUCCCUCAACCAGUCAGGGUGCAUUCGUUGGAACCAAUUCUUUGAUAAACAUCCCAGCAACAAAUGUCAUCGACUCUGCUCAUUUCGGCUAUAUAUAUUGCAUGGCUCUUUUACCUUCAACAAGGGAAGGCACAGGGAAUCCUGCGCAAAAGCAGGUUCGGAACUAUUAUCUCAUCACUGGAAGCGGGGAUGAAACCGUCAAGAUUUGGCGUUGUGACCCAUCUGGUCUCAGCAUGAUGCACUCUUUCGAUUGUCAGCAUGGCGCUGUACUUUCGCUCGUCACUUCCGGGGAGACGAUCUACGCUGGAUGCCAAGAUGGGCACGUGAAGGUGCUUGACUUCGAAACGCGGACGCUUGUUAGAUCGAUCAUCGUUCAAGAAAAUGUCGACGUCCUUUCGCUAUCAAUCAUGCAGUCUGAUCUCUACACAUGCUCUGCCAAUGGUCACAUUCACAGAUGGUCGUCUUCAUUUGAUUGCACAGCGUCGUGGCGAGCUCAUGACGGUAUCGUGCUCUCCUCCGUUGUCUCCUGUUCUUCCGACCGCAAGUCGUUUUGUCUUGUUACCGGGGCUAACGAUGGUUUCGUGAAGGUUUGGGCAAUUGUUCCAAAAGCCGAAGACAAUCUUUCCCAGUUGCGCGAGGUCAGCACGCCGAUAUCUGAUUCGGAUGCCACCCAAGGAGAUACAAUGACUUAUGCACUCUCCAAGUUCGUGUCAAUUCCAAGUGUAAGCAGUGACCCGAGCCAUAGAGAGGAUUGUCGUCAAGCCGCAAUUUGGCUGAAGAAAUGCUUGAACCAGCUAGGUGCUCAGUCGGCUCUGCUGCCUACUCAUGAAGCCGGAAGUCCCCUUGUUCUAGGGACUUUUCAUGGAACGCAAGGGAAACAUCCAAAACCAAGAAUACUAUUUUACGGGCACUACGAUGUUAUUUCAGCUCCUCCGGAAGGGUGGGGCACUGAUCCCUUCAUUGUGUCGGGUCGUAACGGUUAUCUUUAUGGACGAGGGGUGACGGAUGAUAAAGGUCCCAUCAUGGCUGUAGCUUGCGCUGCUGCAGAACUUCUCCAAAACCGCGCUCUUGGUGUUGAUCUUGUCUUCCUUAUUGAGGGUGAGGAGGAGACUGGGAGUGCUGGAUUUGUUGAUGCAAUCAAAGAACACAAACACCUGAUCGGGAACAUAGAUGCCAUCUUACUCAGUAACUCGACCUGGAUUUCUGAGUAUCAUCCUUGUAUUACGUAUGGUCUCCGCGGUGUCGUACACUCAACAGUGGAGAUAGCGAGUGGUGUGCCGGACUUGCACUCUGGUGUUGAAGGAGGUGCUGCCCCUGAGCCGAUGUUUGAUAUGAUUCGCCUUCUUGCAACUCUGAUGGGUGGUGAAGGAAAGGUGGCCAUACCGGGUUUUUACAACCGUGUUCGCUCUCAGACUGAGGCCGAAAAGCAAUUGUACGACGUUUUGUCCAAUGUAACCCAAAAACCUGGCUCUGUGCUAUCUUCGCGAUGGAGUGAGCCGUCCUUGACUGUACACAACAUAGAUGUGUCUGGACCUGGGAACUCGACUGUGAUCCCGGGCAAGGUCACUGCGAAAGUGUCCCUCCGCAUUGUUCCAGACCAGGAGUUGGAAACCAUCGCUCAGUCUUUAGUUGAUCACCUCAAAGGGUCCUUCGACAAUUUCCAAUCACCCAAUCAGCUUUCUGUUAGCAUUGACCGCACAGCUGAUUGGUGGCUCGGCAAUUUGGAUGGCCCCUGGUUCAAAGCACUCAAGACUGCUGUGCGCGACGAGUGGAGUGUAGAACCAUUACUCAUCCGAGAGGGUGGCUCUAUCCCAUCGAUUCCUUAUCUAGAAAAGGAAUUCGGCUGCCCUGCACUUCACCUCCCACUUGGACAAAGCACCGAUCAAGCACAUUUGCCUAAUGAGCGCAUUUCUCUGAAUAAUUUAUGCAGGGGAAAGUCGGUCAUCAAGCGUUUCCUAUCGAUAGCUACAAACAUUCAUGCCCAGACAGAGUGAAAAUCACUUAAUCUUGAUUUGCACGUACGUCUUGUGCUCCUUAUAUUUCGUUUUGAAAUGCUACAUCAGAAUGUUGUAGAUAGGGGAUUACGGCUCUGCUUGACUGUGCGUCAGGAACGUAAUAAGAGUUAGUAUGCAACUUGCUAAACAUCGCAAGAACCCUCACAUGCAUUCGUUCAAAAUUUCAGUCAUCUCUUAUAAAACCAUUGAC